AUGCAAGAUUUGCUAGUUAACGUACAAGAAAUAAGUGGACUUCCUUGGUGGGCAACCAUUAUUUCAGCAACUGUUAUGUUUCGCUUGAUGAUAACGCUGCCACUAGCAAGGAAACAAGCAGAAACUUUAGCUAAAGUUGAACUUUUACAACCUACAAUUAAUGAGGUUGUUGAAGCAUUGAAACACAACAUUGCCAUCAAGGGUAAACGUGAUGGGAGGCCCCUGGAGGAUGUAAAUAGGGAAUUCCGGAUGGAAGCAAGAUUACACACGAGGGACAUGUACAAGCGAGAAAAAUGCAACCCUUUAAAGUUGUACUUUUUGCCUUGGGUGCAACUUCCAUUAUGGAUCAUAAUAUCUCUUGCUUUGCGAAAUUUGUCAGGGUUUUUCCCUAGAGACCCUAACCUUGGAGAGGCAACUUUGGCCCACGCUGGACUCCUAACUGGAGGCUUUGGUUGGAUAACAGACUUGUCUGUUUCUGAUCCAUACUUAGUGCUACCUGCUAUUAUUGGAGUGACAAACUUACUUAAUAUUGAACUGAAUACUCUGAAAAAGACUAUGCCAUCAAGACGUCAAAUAAUUGUUACAAGGGUGUUCCGAUCUUUAACAAUUGCCAUGGUAUUCUUCUCAGCACAGGUUCCAGCAGCAAUGUCUCUAUAUUGGGCAACAUCUAGCAGCUAUGGUCUUAUCCAGAACUUAACCUUAAUGCAACCAUCUGUUCGGCGAAAAAUGAGAAUACCACAAGCACCUUCAGAAAGUGCAACUCCAUUACGAGACAAAGUCAAUAUAGUCAAAACCAAGCUUGAUCUUUUUAUGAAAAUCCAGAGAAGGUGA